ACAGAGCUGUGGCGCAGGAGGAGGAGGAGAGGUGCAACGGGAGGACAAGCUGCCUGAAAACCGGAGCAAAACAGAGGAACAAAACGCGAGAGACAACGAGAGAGGGAGGAGGGAAAAAAACGGAGAGAGAUCACUGAGGGGAGAGAAGUCAUUCGGAGCAGGGAGAGGGAGCAAGCUGGAUGAAGCUGACAAGGACACAGAGGCAGGAGAGCGCUCAGAGAAGCCUUGCCUGACGGGGGAAAGAAGUGAAGGAGUGCGUGCACAAAGUGGAAAAGAAGAAGAAGAAGAGGAGGAGAAGGAAGAGAGGGAGCCUGACAGGAGGUCGAGCUUACGGGGCUUGACUGACACAAGCGAAGAGGGGGAGGAGGAGCGUGAGGGCAAGUUGAUGGAUUUGAUUUGGGGAGAGUAUUUUUAGAAGGAGGAGCAGGGACAUGAGAGGAAUAUUGAGAUUAGAGAUGCUGUCUUUGAGUGAAGGAGAAAAAACUAGUGAAGAAGAAGAAGAGAGAAUAACAGGAGAUAGAGAAACGGGGGAGAGAUGUUGAGAUCAGAGUGUGACAGAACAGAUUAUCUCUGGUCUGGUUUCCUGCAGAAAACUGCUGUGAGUGUAUGUCCGUGUAUGCGCACGAGUGCCUCCUUCUACAUGUGAAAGUGUGUUGUAGCAUGUUUCUCACUGUGGCUGUGGUGCUGAGAAGCAGGUCCACUACACGAUGAAGCUACCCCGUGGUUACCCGCAGGAUCAAAUAACACUGGUCAAAGCCAAGUGGGGGGAGAGGCAAGAAACAGACCAGUGACAUCACGAGGAAGUCAAGGCAUCAAAAGUGAGACCGCAAAGUGGGACAAACAACAAAUGAGCACGGGAGACUUUUGUGAAUUCAAUUAAAGCUUCUACUUAAUAGUGACAAGGAACUGAUUGCUGCCUCUGGCUGCCCAACGCCUCUGCAAGCCAGUGAAGCCAAAAAAACGCACACAUGUAACUCAGAAGAAGAGAAACCACAGCGCUGGAACGAGGCAAGCUCCACUCUAACAGACUGCACCACACCAACCAAUUCCCUUCGCUGUUGUCUCAUUAUUUUAAUUACCUUCCCUUCUUUCAUUUGUUUUUUGUCCUCUCUGCUUAGCCCUUGGUAUUUUGUAUUCUAUCCUCCUCUCUCCCUCUCCCUUCCCCUCCCUCUUCCUCUUGCGUUCGCUCUCUCUGUCUCAUCCUCUCUUGUUCACUGUCACACUAACUGCGGUGGAUGCUGGAGUCACUCAUGUAGAAGCCACCUUGCUUGGAGCACAUUUGCCUAGCUGAUUUUUUUUUCCCAUGCUGAGUUGGUUGAUUAGAGAGCGCUCUCAGAUCGAAAGACCAGGAGAGAUGACCAACAAGUAGCUGCUGCUGAGUUCAUCAGAGCUCCUCCACCGUCAGGAGAAGACGACUUCAAAACAUUUACUUGAGGGUACUUCUACAUGUGCAUACGGUAAUUUUACAGUCAAUACUGCAUGGGUCAUUUGUAUUUGUAAGGCCAAACACAUAUCCAGGUGUGGAUUACAGUAGUGGAUUUAUCCUGGAGCUACAUGUGGGCCCCAGCCCCUGAGGCCUGGCUGGGAAAUGAAGCCUUUCCCGCGGCUGUAGGAGCGCUGUGGGCAGCUAUGGCCCUAGAGGGGCGCUGUCUCCGGCGGGGAUCCCCAGCCAUGAUCAGAAAAGGCCGUCAGCGACGUCCUACAAAGCCAACUCUGGCUCGGGUCACUUCCACUCUGUUGUCAAGGACACGCCUGCAUGGCCUGAGGCAUGUUUGCAUCCCUGGUGGCUCUGUGGGCCGUAGGGCCUUUUGGCUAUUGGCCCUCUGCACCUCCCUGGGGCUGCUUUUAUCCUGGUCAUCCAACCGCCUACUCCACUGGCUUUCCUUCCCCACAUACACACGAGUCCACACAGAGUGGGCCAAAGAACUAGCUUUCCCUGCAGUUACUAUCUGCAACAACAACCCUAUCCGCCUCUACAAGCUCACCAAGAGCGACCUGUAUUUCGCUGGCCACUGGCUGGGCUUGCUGCUGGCUAACCGGACAGUGAGGCCCAUGGUUCUGGACUUGCUUCAAGAGGACCGUCAGGCUUGGUUCAGGAAGCUGUCAGACUUCAGGCUCUUUCUGCCACCGAGAAACUUUGAGGGGACCAACCUGGAGUUUAUGGAUAGACUGAGCCACCAACUGGAUGACAUGCUCCUCUCGUGCAAAUACAGAGGAGAGCCAUGUGGCGUUCACAACUUCUCUUCUGUGUUCACCAGAUACGGGAAGUGCUACAUGUUCAACGCUGAAGAGGAGGGCAAGACGCUCCGGACCACCAUGAAGGGAGGGACGGGAAACGGCCUGGAGAUCAUGCUGGACAUCCAACAGGACGAGUACCUGCCAGUGUGGGGGGACACAGAGGACACAGCCUUCGAGGCAGGUGUGCGGGUGCAGAUCCACAGCCAGGCAGAGCCCCCCUUCGUUCACGAGCUGGGCUUCGGCGUGGCCCCUGGCUUCCAGACUUUUGUAGCCACACAGGAGCAGAGGCUGACCUACCUGCCUCCCCCGUGGGGAGAGUGCGAGUCGAAGGCUCUGGAGUCUGGCUUUUUCCAGGUCUACAGCGUAACUGCCUGCAGGAUUGACUGUGAAACACGCUACAUUGUGGAGAACUGCAACUGCAGGAUGGUGCACAUGCCUGGUGAUGCUUCUUACUGCACACCUGAGCAGUACAAAGACUGCGCUGAGCCCGCCCUUGCUAAACUGUCGGCCGUGGAGAGCAGUAACUGCAUGUGCAGGACACCGUGCAACAUGACCCGCUACAACAAAGAGCUGUCCAUGGUCAAAAUUCCCAGCAAGACCUCGGCCCGCUACCUACAGAAGAAGUUCAACAAGUCAGAGAAGUACAUCACAGACAACAUCUUGGUGUUGGACGUGUUUUUUGAGGCGUUGAACUAUGAAACCAUCGAGCAAAAGAAGGCUUACGAGGUGGCAGGUUUGCUUGGUGAUAUUGGUGGUCAGAUGGGUCUGUUCAUUGGAGCCAGCAUCCUCACCAUCCUAGAGCUGUUUGAUUAUGCUUAUGAGGUGGUGAAAGACAGACUACUGGAUUUACUGAGCAGAGAGGAUGAGGAGGAGAGUCAUGGAGAGGAUGUGAGUUCCUGUGACCCGGUGGCAAACCACUCAGAGUCCAUCAGCCACACUGUGACAGUCCCCCUACAGACAACGCUGGGCACCCUGGAGGAGAUUGCCUGCUGAGGCCCUCCCCCCUUCCCCUGAGAGCCACACACGUCCAGAGGCUCACUCCACUGGGUGGCACUACAUCCACUGUUAGGGCAUCCUGCAGGACCUUAACAGGGGAGGGGAGGAGAUGAGGACAAAAACAGGGGCUGGUCAAAGGACAGCGCUGCGCUCUGUCACACCGCCCUGUCUGAGGCACUAAUGGGGAUUAAGGAGCUGUCGGCUGGACUUAUCGGCCCUCUCUGUCACCCUGCACUGUACUGUGGUGGGAGGGUGGCCUCCGCUGAGCCAGACCUCCACAUACACGCAAACAGAAAAUCAGAGACUGGGUGGGGCGACUACCCACAAAGGGGGCUCAUCCCUGUGCAGCAUAUCUAUGUAACAAACACAUUCAUACGUCGGUCACUGCCAAAUGAACUGUACAGAAUUGGUUUUGAACUGUCCAAACUGCAUGCGUCGAUCUAUCUUGCUCUCUUUGCUGAUGCAUACGCUGGACUGCAGUGUUGCUUUACUGUACAUGUGUGCCAUUUGUCUCUCUAUCUGCAGGACAGGCCUGUGACAAGGGCCCAGGUGAGAUAUCGAACUUCGAAUGUACAGAUUGAACUUAUGGUUGUUUAAAAUCAUAGUUCAGAUAUGACCAAUUCUUUGAAAAUCUAUUCUAUUCUUUAUCAUUUGUUUGUUAAUUAUCUUGCAGGGGAAGGGGUUGGUGAUGUAUGAGAAUUACUGAGGGGGGGAAAAAACAACUGAACAUUUUGCUUUGUUUACAGAAAAUCGAGUGAAAUCUCAACAUUUUGCAGCCCGCACUUUGCUUCUUAUUUUUUUUCAACUGUCAGUCUCAGUUUAAUCAGUUUACUAAAAGGCAUGUUUGCUAUGUGACUCCUGGGGUGCUAAGCUGUUUGCUAGAGACAUCUUUAAAGGGAUGUCAUACUCUUACUGUUAAUUUAUGUGAAUAAAUGACUGGCUUCUGGCUGCUGCACCUCACCACUGCACCCAGCUAAGUGAGGUAGAAUCUGAAUUUAUUCGUCUGCCAGACAGCAAGCCGUGUACAAAACACUGCAGCAAAAGAAUAUGCCCAGGGUGUUGUUAAACCAUUACUUCAUUAAGCGAAUUUCAGGGUCAUAUCAGGGCAUCAAUUUGUCCUUCACCAAAAAUAUCCCCAGUCUUGACAAUUGAAAAAAAAUUUCCUGAUUAAAAAAAUCAUUACAAAAGCACCAUGCGGAGGAUUCAGCCAACAUUUUUUAGGGGACAGUGUCUGCUGUGUUAUGGUGUAAAUAUCUGUGUUUUUCUUCUCAUAAAAACGGGUACUACGCAGACAUGCCUGAAGCAGAUCUAAUUUAAAAAACCUUUGGUAAAACAUCAACUCCAGGUCCAGAAGUGACAACAUAUUUGUCAGAUUUUUUUCAUGAUGUUACUCAAUCUGCAGCUCUCAGCAGGUGAGAGUGUUCUGUAACAGGCUGUAGCAUUUUGGGGUAGUUGAAUGUCAUGCUAAAAAUGGGGGACACACUUUGCUAUGAGGUAGGCAUCCUUUCCAAAACAGGUUUAGCUGAAUCUUCAGUGUCCUCAGAAGCAGUUACAGUUACAUAUAUGUGGCUUUACACCAAAAGCUUUUGUGAGACCAUGUGGGAGAUUUAGUGUUUUCUAAUUAUAGUCCGUGAUCAUCCUAGCAUGGUCUCUGUCAUCAUGCUAAUGUACAUUACAGGUAGGAAUGAAUUCAAGUGCUUUGUGAGACUGUUUGAAUUAUGAUUUCCCAUCUGUGGCUCAACCUGCUGUCUCUGUGUACUAUCUCAUGUUGUGGCUUCAGACGAACACAAUCCUCAGCCGACCUGCAGGGGUGUGAGACAAAUGUGUCUCGCUCUCUUCUGACGGUGGCAACACUGGCUGUUUCUUCUCUCUACUUUGGCUUCAAUUGUUAUCGCAGGACAGCGUUUUCUCAUUUUGUGAUGCAGC